AUGCACAUAAUAAUUGUUUUGACCGCAACAAUGCUCUCCGUCAUCUCCGCAUCUUCAUCAUUGCAACGAGGAAUGCCCUACUUCAACCUGGAGUACACAAUCGUUGAUGAGAACGGAGACGAAGAGCUUCGGAAGAGGCAGAUGCUGUUUGAUCUUGACUGGGAAAACACGCCCAUCGCUGCAUACAACUUCUACAAGUUUGCAGAAGGCGAUGAAAAACUCGGCAAUCUCUCUCUGCAUUACGAAAACAGCAUCUUCCACAGAAUAAUCCCUGGAUUCAUGAUGCAGGGAGGUGACAUUCUCAACAAUGACGGAACUGGCUCUGUCUCAAUAUAUAGCGGGCAGCCAUUCGAGGACGAGAAGUCAAAAAUCAUGCACAAUAAAGCAGGCAUCCUUUCAAUGGCAAAUAGAGGCCCAAAUACAAACGGAUCCCAGUUUUUCAUUACUUUUGGACCGCAGAGGCAUCUUGAUGGAAAGCACACUGCAUUUGGCAGGCUUAUUGGGCAAGAUGGCAUCGAUGUUCUGAGAGAAAUCGAGCAGUUGGUCUCCAUUAACAGACACACAAACAGGCCAAGACAUGAUGUCAGAAUAGUCAAUUCAGGAAUUAAGCCACUGCCUAAGGGUGAGGGUGUGACAAUUAAGCCAGAUGAACUCAAAAGCAAGGAGCCUGCAGAGCUUUAA